GGAAAAGACGGAGAAGGCGGGAGAUGACGCGUGCCCUUUAAAUCCAUGAACUGAGAUUUGAACGCAAUGAAUCCUGUUGAUUCAAAUACCCAGAAUAAGGUGAUUUAGCGCCGCCAGUCUCAAGCAGGUGUCCAACAUGGCGAUCACGGGGAGCGGAUCUCUCGCUGUUUCUCUCUCUGUUUUCGUGAUUUCGGCGGCGUUCCUCCCGAAAGGAGCUGCCGAAACUGUGACAGUCGAAGGUCAGAACCUGGCAACUGACAAUGUGUCGGUGAUCGAGGGGGAAACGGCCACCAUCAGCUGCAGAGUGAAGAACAACGACGACUCCGUCAUCCAGCUGCUCAACCCCAACAGACAGACCAUUUACUUCAAAGAUGUUAGACCCCUGAAGGACAGCCGGUUCCAGCUGGUGAAUUUCUCUGACAACGAACUGCGGGUGUCUCUGUCCAAUGUGUCACUCUCUGAUGAGGGACGCUAUGUGUGCCAGCUCUACACAGAUCCUCCUCAGGAAGCCUACGCAGACAUCACUGUCCUGGUCCCGCCAGGCAGCCCGAUCAUUGAAAGCCGUGAGGAUGUGGUCAGCGAGGGGAACGAGACAGAGCUCACCUGCACAGCCAUGGGCAGCAAGCCAGCUGCCUCCAUCAGAUGGAUGAAAGGGGAGGAAGAACUGACAGGUGAGACAACAGUUGAGGAGACGUAUGACAGGAUUUUUACUGUCACCAGCCGGGUAAAAUUUUCUGUCACCAAAGAGGAUGAUGGAGUACCAGUGGACUGCAUCAUUGACCAUCCAGCUGCAAAGGACCUCCUGGCUCAAAGACACUUGGAAGUUCUAUAUAAACCAGAAGUGAAGAUUCUGGUGACAUAUCCUGAAGGUUUAACCAGAGAGGGUGACAAUCUAGAUUUGACGUGUAUCGCAGAAGGAAAACCACAUCCCCAUCAGAUCAACUGGCUGAGAGUAGACGAGGAUGUGCCGCCUCACGCUGUGGUCACUGGCUCCGAUCUCUACAUCGAGAACCUCAACAAGUCCUACAACGGCACCUAUCGCUGUGUGGCGUCCAAUGCUGUGGGAGAGGCCUACGAUGACUACAUCCUCUAUGUAUAUGAUGCUCCCACUACUAUCCCCACACCCACCACCAACCCAGUCAACACGCAAGAUUCCAGAGCCGGCGAGGGGGCACCACAGAAAAUUGACCAUGCUGUCAUCGGAGGAGUGGUUGCUGUGGUGAUGUUUGCCAUCCUUUGUGCACUCAUUGUUCUUGGUCGAUACUUUGCCAGACACAAAGGAACUUACUUCACACAUGAAGCCAAAGGGGCGGACGAUGCAGCUGAUGCAGACACGGCCAUCAUCAAUGCGGAGGGAGGACACAACAACACAGACGAGAAGAAGGAGUACUAUAUCUAGACUGGACAGGCCAGGAGAGACGGGUGGGAAUGCUGCUGCUUGUGGUGGUGAUGGUGCUGCUGCUGUAACUGUAGGAGCAUUAUGUAUAACUCUGAUUGGUUAUGAGAGGGCUUGAGGGCAGAGAGGGGGAUAUUUAAAGAGGAAGAGAAGAAAGAAAAAAGUGGAAAGUAGGACCGCCAUGGCCAAGUGGUAAUAAGAGGCAUUGCUGAGUCUCCUAUCCGACCCUUCCUGGACUGCUGGGGCCUAUUCUGUACAGUUCAAUUAUUUUACAGAAAAUUUUGUGCCUUGUUCUAUUUCUUUUGUUUAUUUUGUUGUCUAUGUGUGCUGCAGCUAGCUUUUAGCCCAUGUACCCAGAUCUGAGGAGCCAGCUCAUCCUUUUUUCGGUUGUUUUUGAGUAACCUCCAGAGUUUGGUAACUGGAACGCAGUGUCAACACAUUUCUCCUCACUGGCUCAAAGUCCAAUAGUCCCUACAGAUUCAUCAUUCUCCACUCCACAGUUGUGAUUAACCAUGCUUAUCAUAGAAUGUAUUUGUUCCUGAAAGUGAAGUAGGAGUUUUGUUAAGUAUCAUUUCACAACGAACUCCAUAGUACAACCUGUCCCUUGUUGGCUUCAAGAAAACCUCUGACAGUUAGAUGUGAGGUCAGUUUAGCAUUGGUUUAGGCUACUGUGGAGUACAGUCUAAGACAUCCAGAUGGCUGCAAUGUGCCAUGAUAUGGAGUUAGUUAUGGAGUUAUUUAUAGGGAAAAUCUGAACCGUUCAUUUUAAAGCUCUUUAUCAGGAUUUUCUCCUGAUCGAGAGGACACCAGUAAAUUAACAACGGCAGAUAACAUUAACUGUCAUCUGCUUUCUUUCUUUUUUGUUCUCAUUCGCUGAAAAUCUGGUUCUGAAAAAAAAAAAAUCUUUGACAUUUUUGGAAAUAUGCGGACUGUUUUUGCUGAGAGUUAGAUCGAUGCUACUUGCAUGUCAUUGUGAUAAAUAUGAAGCUGCAGCCAGUUAGCCUAGUUUAUCAUGAAAACUGGAAACACAGGGAAACAGCUAGCCUGGCUCAGUCCAAUGGUUAAUACAUUUUAAAAAAUUUAAUUGCCAACGACCCUCCAUGGAACUACAAUGUGUCAUUUCUACAUUUUGGAUUUUGUACAAGUUAAGCAAGAUGAAACAUGUUAAUUAGUGAUCUUCAGAGGCACUCGUAGGUUUGGACCGAGUCAGGCUAGCCAUUUCCAGUCUUUGUGCUAAGCUAAGCUAACCAUCCGCUGGCUGCAACAUCAUAUUUACCAUACAGACAUGAGUGGUAUCAAUCUUCUCGUCUAACUCUCUUCAAGAUAGUAGGCUAAGUGUAGUUCCCAAACUGUCUGUUUUCUUCAAAAACAUCCCCUGAAUCAAGAUUUAGAUUCAGUUUUAGUGACUAUUUGCAUCAGAAUUCUUUUUUUUUUUUCAUCCAUGCGACAGUUGGACGAAAAAACAUGGCAGAAAGCAUUGCUCUAAUAAUUAGAGCCAAACUUCAUCUCUGUUGGCAGACAUUAAUUGCCUGCAGGGUCAGAGUAUACAAUAUAUAUAGUACUCUGUAGUACCUAAAACAGCAACCGGUCCUGCUGGAUUGAUCAUAAAAUCUUAUUAAAAUGUGCUAUUUGUUAGAUAUUGGUACAGCCUGCUGUGCGUGCUUUUUGUUUCAACAUGAAUUUUCACAUUUUCAUACCACCCAAAUGGUCAACCCUAGACCAAUAAUAAUAAUUAUGCGAGCGUGCAUAUAUACAGUUAAAACUACUUGUAUACAGCAAUGGCUGAGAGUCCCUUUUGCAGAAUGCUCCUCUCUAAAUAACCGAUUUUUUUAUGUGAUUAAACAGCAUAUUGAGCAUUUAACUGGAAAUGUUACAAGGACUUUGGUUUAUUUUAUUUUCCAAGGUCUCAUCUUUUCAUUUGAUUGUAUUGUAUUAAAGAGAGGACAGAAUGUUACACCUUCAAUGGCAGUUUCCUUGAGAUGUAUAAUGUAUCAAGGUAUGUCCAUAUAUACACAUAGCAAGCUGAAAAAAAAAAUUACUGCUUAUUUCCUGGCUUAGAAAUCCUUGCUACACAGACUUUUUUGCCCUUGCCCAUACCCAAGUAGAAAGACAUUCAAUCACUGCAAACAUGAAUCAGUUAUAUUUCCUUGCUGUCUGUAAAGACAUUUUACCUUUGGGCUGUCUUUGAUAACUUGUAAGGGCCCUCUGCCUUGCAAGUUAUCAAAGAUUUGCGAAGAGCUUUAGACUUGGUUUGGGAAAGAUCAUUUUCUUACUGUCAACCAGCAGCCUCAAACCUUCACAGAGGAGCCGUCUACUGUUACAAAUUUCGUUAUUUUUAUUUUUUUUCCCGAACACAAAUCAGAAGAUCCUAUGCUCGCAGACAGAGACACAGUGUGCACACCAUGCACACUUCACGCCUCUGACUCUGUCACAGCUAGAAGAAUAAAACCUGUUUGGUAAUUAGUAAGAGACUUCAUUGUAUUGCCUGAAUUAUGAAAAAAAAAAAUCUGUAAAUGUAUUAUGAAAAAGGAUAACCACUGCCUUAAACCCACCUCUUGAUACUUAUCAUUAUAAAGGAAAAGACUGAAGGACUUAAUUUAGUGCCUUCUUUGAUUUUGAGGCAUAUGGUUAGUAUUGAGUAUCCUCAUGUACACUCUUACAGUCUAUCUUUUAUAUUUCUGUUCUUACUAACUUACAGGGCCAAUACUCAUCCAUGUUGUCUAUGUUCGUGCACCAUAGACCUCCAUCAACAAUACAACAUGGAGCAUAAAAUAAAAAAAAAAGCUGGAAUGAGUUUGAUGUAGGGGGAAAAAAGUAUUUCCUUGUUUAUCAGGGUGGUGUGGCAGCUUCCACUGACUCCAGUGUCGUAUGACAGGAUGUAGUGUUUAUUGUCUUAGCAUUCACAAAACAAUUUCAAUUUGGUCGUAAUUAUUUUCUCUGCUUCACUUCAUUUGUUAUUUAUUUGGAUAUCUUAAAGGACAAGGCUCGCUGGUAUUAUCAGAGAGGAAUACAGUACUAAAAGCUAUAAGAAGCUACGAAAAAAGUACAUUUUUGUGGAUUUUUGGUGUCAUGGAAACAGUUAUGUGCAUGACAAAUUUUAUUUUGGGGAUAUUUAUCUUAAAUGGUUAUGAAGUGACUGCUGCUUUUAAUCGAUGAACAUUAAAAGAU